AUGUUAUAUAUCAAUUUUUCAGAAAAAUAUUUGAAAGGAAAAAUAUUUGAGGGGUUUCUCCGUCGUUCUCUCCGCCGGCGGAGACCUAGGGUUUCCGGCAGCCGGCGAUCAUGGCGGACGGCGAGGAGGGAGGGCUGGGCUACUGGAUUCGAUGGCAAGUGCCCGUCUGCUUUCUGAUCAUCGACUCCGCCGCCGCCGUGGCGAUGGCCGUGAUCCCUAGAGCGAGGGCAGAUCCUCUGACAGCCGUUGAUCUAUGGAUCCCGUGCUGGAAGGGGGCGAAUCCCCUCUGGCUCUUAGCUUGUCGAGGACUUGCACUCGUUGUCUUGUCCUGCUUGCUGUACCAGAUGGUUCUCUUCGACGGCGCCUUCGCCUUCUACUCUACACUCAGUGGACCUUUUCAUUAGUCAUCAUCUAUUUUCUGAUUGCCACUUCAAUAUCUGCUCAUGGCUGCUGGAUUUAUUCAAAACGUGUUACUGAAAUAGAGGAGGCUGAUGAAUGUAUUAAAAGGGAUUGUGAAGAGAAUAGGCCUGCGAUGAAUUCUGGGCCAAAUAGAAACAGGAAAACAAUCAAAUUGCAAAGCUACUAUGAGCAAGGAGAGAAUGAGCAAAAAGCUGGAUUUUGGGGAUACAUUAUGCAAGUCACUUAUCAGACUAGUGCAGGUGCUGUUGUGUUGACGGAUGUCAUCUUUUGGGUUCUCCUGGUACCAUUUUUGUCAGCAGAGAAUUUCAGUCUGGACCUGGUCAUGGGUUGCAUGCACUCUUUGAAUCUUGUUUUUCUUGUGCUUGACACCGCCCUCAAUAGCCUGCCUUUUCCUUGGUUCUGUAUGGCGUAUUUCGUUCUCUGGAGUUGUAUAUAUGUAAUUUUCCAGUGGGUUUUGCACGCUUGUGGUUUUUCAUGGUGGCCAUACCCUUUUCUUGAGCUCUCAACUCGCUGGGCACCACUGUGGUACUUAAGCUUGGCAUUGGUUCACGUUCCUUGUUAUGGCCUAUAUAGUCUAAUUGUAAAAGUGAAGAUAACAUUUUUCCCUAGAUUUUUCUCCCAUGCAUACAUGAGGUCAUAUUAGUAUUGAAGAUCGUGUUUUCCAUGCAAAAUUAGAUUCAUUGGAGGGCAAUAAACAAUAUUUUUUUGCAUAGACAUGAUGAGAAGAAUUCUAAGUGCAGUUUCCUUCCACCAGUUUCCCAUAUCUUGUCAAGAAUUGUAAAUUUGUAAUGAGCUUUGGAUGUUGUUAUACAUUAUUGACUACGAGAGGCAGACCGAAAGGAUCACAUAGAAUGAUGUGUACAGCCUGUUCAUCGGAGACUCAGAUCCCUUCUAUCGUACAGUGGAGUUGUGAUAAUCAUGAUGCUUUGAAUUCUAGGGUUGCAUUCAAAUGUAAUGAAAGUUUUUGAAACUAGUCAAUUGUUGGAUCAAACAUCAAUUGUUUUGCUUAUACUCACUUAAUGAAUUGCUUUUAGUCA